AUGGGAAAAGGCAUAUUGAACGCAGGUCGCAAAGAGUUAAAAUAUGCGACAGUGUACGAGGCCAGUAAUGAUGAAUACACCCAACAUAAAGCGUUCAACUUUCAAAACCUUCAGCAAUCGAAAAACCAUUCCAUAACCAAAAAUGCUAACGGACAAUAUGAUAUCGAACUAGACAAGUAUGCAGAGGACUACAAUGAAAUGUUUCUUCAUAAAGGUUCCAUAAUAUCACCAGAUGAGAUCCUUGAGUAUUCACGAAAAACAAGUAUGUUGGUGCCAGUUAAACAUAGAGACGAGUUCGUGGGUACUACACUUCCGUCUCCCGAUAUGACACGAGUACUUCACUAUUAUGCCAGUAAAAAGGUUUCUGGGACUCCCAAUAAACGUGGUUUGCGGGCAUUCGACGAAACAGCUUUGUUGGCAUUGGGCCUUUUUGUUGACCAAUUGGUCGAUAGCGUGGUCGACGAGGAAGCAGGUCGUUUGUGCUUGGAGGAACCUGAUGGGAGCUGCGAGACUGAGUCAGAUAGUACAGGAGGAAGUUCUUCAGGAAACGAAAGUGACAGCCGUGAUGAAAGUAAUGACGACUCCACUUCUGACCUGGAGUAA